AUGACUGUCAAAGAUCUGCUGUUGAGAAGCACCUCACACAUGGAGCUGAUGAUGGAGAACACUUCAGAGCUGGAGCUGGUGGAGCAGGGAGAGCCUGCUUAUCCUGACAGCGCUUACGGCUCCUCUCCAGUGGACACAGACACAGAGGACGGACACACACUGUCCAGCAGCACACUCCUCCUCACAUACAAUGAGGAGCUCAUGCAUAAGACCAUACUAGUUGGAGACAGUGGAGUGGGGAAGACGUCUCUGUUAGUGCAGUUUGACCAGGGAAAAUUCAUCCAAGGAUCCUUCUCUGCUACUGUGGGCAUCGGCUUCACGGUGAGUCUCUCUGCAGAAGGUCACAGAUCAUUUUUUCUCAGGACACUCAGGUGA